CUUGAGACUGAAAUGUUUACCUGCUUACAAGGCAGAGGUAGAUCCCUGCCCACCUUUGCAGCCCCAUCUCUAGAUGCGUGAAAGGCUCCCUAACCUCCAUCUUUCUCUCGAUGUUUCACAGCAUGUUCUCACCCAGAGCCUCUGGGCUUUUUGUCCUCCUCACUGGAAUGCACCUAGAGGUUUCUCUCCCCUCACAGCCACCUAGUUAAUUCUGCUCAGGCUUUAGAGCUCAGCAAGUCCAGCCUACUCACUUUUCUUUUUGAAGUUCCUAUAACUUCAGUUCCUUUAUUUGUUUGUACAUGUCUUAGUAUGCUUAUUUGAUUACAGAGAGUCUCCCCUCAGACUGUGAGUGCCCUAAAGACAAGAACCUCGCCCAUCCCCUUUACCACUACGUCCAUAGCACCGAUCAAAAUGCCUGGCGCAGGAAGGCGCAAUGAACAGCUGUUGAACGAGUGACAUCCAAACCGACGGCAAAGGGGGCGGCUGGACAGCGAGUCGCCCGCUUAGGAGAGGUUCUGAGUCGGAAAUAAAGAUCUGGGAGUCACUUAUAAUUCAAGCCAGACGAGUGAAUGGGUUCGCCCAAGCGGUGUGUAGACUGAAGAGAUUCUGACUCAUGCAAGAUAAGCAGUAACGUGGCUCACAGUCACGUCGCAAAGAUGCUGGGGGCUCUCCUUCGCCUGCUGGUGAUCCCGUACAAGGCGCUUCCCACCCUGGGUCUGUGAGCCCCGUCGGUGAAAGACGGUGGGAUAUCGAUUCAUAACCCCAACAGCGCCGAAGACCUUCCCUCCGCCGCCCCAUCCUCUUCCCCUCCCCUCUGUGACUUCCUUCAACAGCAGAUGAAGCUGGAUUCCUGGGCACCGCCUCUUCCGUCCGCGGCGCCCGACGACGCCCGGAAAUUUGCGGGCGCGCCGGAAGUUGAGGGGAGUUUCCUGCGAGCUCGGCUUCCUCAACAUGGCAGCGCCCUUGUCAGUGGAGGUGGAGUUCGGAGGCGGUGCGGAACUCCUGUUUGAUGGUGUUAAGAAACAUCAAGUCACUUUGCCUCGACAGGAGGAACCCUGGGACAUCCGGAACCUGCUCGUCUGGAUCAAGAAGAAUUUGCUAAAAGAGCGGCCAGAGUUGUUCAUCCAGGGAGACAGCGUGCGGCCAGGAAUUCUGGUGCUGAUUAACGAUGCCGACUGGGAGCUACUGGGUGAGCUGGACUAUCAGCUUCAGGACCAGGACAGCGUCCUCUUCAUCUCUACUCUGCAUGGCGGCUGAGGGCCCUUCUCUGGGCCUGGGCACCCUUACAGGGGAGAACAAAGCAAUCAGACAUCCCCUGGGGCCCUGCUUCCAGGUCUCCCUGUCCCCCUUGGCUGCCUUCUUCCCUGCCCUGUCUCCCAAGCUCCCUCCAGGCAGGGAAAAGAGGCCAGGUGCUAAAAAUGAGCCUUUCUCAAGCACGUGAGCAGAGGAAGGCAGACAGGCGCCACAGCCCAGCACUCCCUUUUCCAGCAGCUGUGGUGGGGGAGGGUGCCCUUCUGGUUUGUCGAGAGUGGAAGGGGGCUCUGUGGCCAGGUGACCUGGCUGCCUUCCGCUCCUUGUACCUCAGCCUAAACAUGGCGUGACCGCUGACAAGGAGCUCCAGUCCCAGAGCCAGUGUCUUCACAGGGAAGAUAAAUGGACCUGAAUAGCUGAAGGGAGGCCCCUCCCUACCCAAAGAUUGGAGGCGUCUCAGCCUCAGUUUCCCUGUCUGGACAGCUGAGGGCUCUGCCUGUCCCCUGCUGAUACCAUUAUAGAACCCCAGCUGGGGUCCCCUAUUCGUGCUGAGCGCCCCCCCUGCAGCUGCUCCUCCAGCCACACCCUUCCUUCUGCUCCCCCCACUCCUAGCCCUUGACCCUGGCUGGCCUCCCCCUCUCCACAGGCCACCAGAUGGGCUCCUGAGACGCUCCCUAAGCUGCCUACAGCUCAUUCUGCUGGAGGUAGAGAUGAGGGGAGGGAGUGGGUUAAAACUUGGACUGGCAAGUAGAAGCCUGGGGGGAUCUGUGUGCCUCAGUUUCUUCCUCUACAACAACCGAAUAUUUAUAGUGGCCGAAAACUGGGGAGAUACUUGAUGGCACAAAUGUCCGUUUUCUCUUCCUUCCCACGUCCUGCAGGAAGCAGGAGGGGCAGGCAGCACCUGGUAGGCAGAGUGGUUUGCCCCUCCUCCCCUUCCCUUCUGGAGGUCUUGGGGCCUCAGUGCUUGCAACAGCUGGCCUUGGGGAAAUAAAAGACUAGGUUGUUUACUAGCCUUGCCUGGAGCUUCAUCCUUGGAAACGGGUGGCACCUCAUAUCCCCCCAGCCAUGGUCUUUGAUACAACCUCUUCAUCCUCAGCCUAGGGCCUCAGAGCUGCCCUUCACCCUUCACCCAGAAGAGGGGUGGGGGUGAACACUCAGAUGAUCUGAGAGGGGUAGUCUAAUAGAGCCAUCUGGAGAAGGGGGUGGCAGAGCCAGUCUGUGCUGACCAGUCUGGGUCCCAGGACGCAUUCCCACCCGCCUGUCCAAGGCUUUGUCCCACCAGCUGCAGCCAGCAGCCUCAGAACCCAGAAUGGGGGUGGCAUAGAUGAGACUGCUGAGCCCCCCUUUCCAUGGUCGUUCCUUCCCAUGACCUGAAGAAAAGAGCUUUGUUUGCUGGAGGUAGAACCCAAAAGAGAAUUUGGGCACUAACAUUAACCUACCAAAAGCAUCCCACCCGAAAUGUUGCUUUUCAUUCAAUGUCAAUAAUUUAAGGUGGAAUUUCUCACCCUGUGGAGAUGAAAGUGCCAAAAGGCUGUCCCAGCAGUGUUAGGGGACAGGGUGUGCACAUCAUUCUUUUGGGGAUAGAUGACCCACUGGCUGGUGGGCUUUUCUCCAGCACUACUCCAGGUCGAGGCCCUCUGGGCUUGUGUGAAGUAGGAGCAGCUAUGUUGGGACUAUGGGGAGGAGCUGGUCUGGGUGCAAAUUAAGGCCAGUGUUGGGGUCUGUCCAGAAAGGCUAUAUGACCAACCCUCACUAGGGGCUGAGGUCGGGGUGUCCGUGUUAGGGAACGGACCAAGAGACUUGGAACAGCCCCUCACAGCUGCACUUUUAGGUCAGCCUGUCCGAUGCGUGUAACCUGGAGGUCCCUCCCCAUCUCCAGCCCUCUGAGCUGUAGAAGUGGCCCGUCAGUGCACCUGAUUGGAACACCCCAGAUUGCCAGUCCUGGAAACUGAGCACUAGGAUCCCUUUCCCUGCCUGCAAGGAGUGGAAGGGGUGAUAGAUGCGGGAUAUCCCUUCUCCCACCACACCCCAAUUAAUGCUGAGGAGUAGUGUCGGAGGAGGCGCUGGGAAAACCGGAUUUGUUGGCACAUGCGGGUGCAAGCACUGUGAUUGAAAUUGGCCAUGGCCAAGGCUCUCCAGACGAUUUCAGGUCAUUUGUAGCCCCAGGCUGGAAAGGGGUCGGGGGACAGCUGACCUGGACUCAGCCCUGAGCGACUCCCAGCCACCCCUCUCCCAAGCAGCUCCUGAUCCCUGCUUUUGAGGAAAUAAACGAAUAAAACCCCGCUA